AUGGCUAAUGGCCCGAACGACGAUAUAACAAAGUUUACCACUUACGGCACGAUAUGCAUUACUAGAAUGCAUGUUGAAAAUAAUCAGUUUAACAUUAUUGGUGGCGGCGCGAGCCCCGGCGUAUCGGUUUCAACUCAGGCGGAUAUAGCACACUCGGCCAAGGGCUACGAAUCAGAGGAUGAGAACGCGGGGCGAAAGUGGCAGAGGGCCAGCGACGAACGGCCAGCCAGCAAGACUACCAUGUACUCUAAGCAGGAGUUCCGGGAACAAUACUGCAUCAACAACAAACAACUGGAUCUGCUGGAACUGGAGAAGUCCAAGAAGGACCGAUUUCUCGGAUGCCUCUCCCAGUACCAUAUCGAGAGUCCCUGUUCCAGAGCCAAUAGAGCAUCAUUUCUAUCCGUGUGCGUCAGGAGGCGUGUGCCCUCAGAUGAGAAUCUCAACACCGAUUAUGCACCAAUACAGAGGUAUCCCAGGUUUGGGCAACCAACCCCGGCACCGGCCGAGCUAUGCGCCUACGACGCCGAUCUGGAGUGCUCAUACUUCCGCAGACGUCCAAGGUCUGUGUGCAGCCAGCCUGACCCCAAACGCUACACCUGGAUGCCAGAGGAUGAAGACUUCACCCGGAUGGAGUGGCCACAAUCGGUAAUAGAAGAUAACGCGGGUUGGCCCCAAAAUUAUAAUGUGGACCAAAUCGCGUCAGUCAGUCGAGGAGGCUCGUUACCUCGACCACCUUCUAUAAUUCCAUGCCCCGCUCACACGCCCAUACCGCCGCCGCCCCCGCCACCCCCUCUCACCAUACCACCCCACAGAACAAAACAUGUAUCCUUCGCUCGCUCCCACACUUUGACUACGUUUGACGAUUCAGUGAUGCCGGCCGCAGUCAGUGGCAACCGUUUCAGGAGAGACUGCGAAAGGCUCAUCGACGGACGUGUUGUUAAGCCAGAACCGAAGCCCUAUUCAACGCUGCCGGUGAUGUUCCAACCGUUCCCGCCAUACCCGCAGUUCAUGACGCAAGCUGCGCCCGCGCCGAUUCACUACCCCCCGCCUAUAACGCCGCACCCCUCCCACCAGCCCCCUCCCGUGCAGAGGCCCACGCAGACGGAACAACCUAAAGUAGUAGUAUUAGAUUCAAUUAAGAAAGGAGUUAUGAGAACUCAAGCUACGCAGACAGAAGUAUGUUUAGGUAGAAAGCCAUUGCCGCCAAAUUACUUAUCAUUGAGCCCUCGAACUAUCAAAAGGGUUAAAAUGGUGGCAGCAGGCGUACAAACGAAUGGGUAUACUGUUGGGGUUCGAAGACUAACGAAAUCAUUCUCUGAAGUUGGUGGUGAUAGACUAGCUGGUCGCGAUUCACCUAGUGACAUCGCUACCACUGUAGAAAGUUUCAUCACUAGUGACCAUGAAAAACUUCACAGAACCCAGUCAGAGGAACCACCUAGAUCCCCUCGAUCUCCAACAGCUAUGAUGAUACCCUCGUCUCCACUGCAAAGAGGAGAUUCAGAUGACGUCACUACUUCAUCAGUCAAAUCUGUCGCUUCUUCAUCACAAAUCGACAAAUCUUCUGAACUUAGCGCUUUGCAGAGACAAGCUCAGGAGUACUUUCAACAAAACUUCCAAUUUAUUCAUGAGAGUGAUAGAGAUGAUACUAUAGAUGAUGAUAUCGAAAACAUUGAAAAAAGCAUGGCGUUAAACCGAAGAAACUUGGAAUACCUUCAGCAAGAAAUCGCUAAGCAAAGCAAAGGUGACAAAUCACUAAGAUCUAUUCUAUCUAAGAGUACUAGCGAUGCUUCUCAAAAAACAGUAAAUUCUUCGCACCCAUUUUCAAAAACUUCGACGUUCCAAUCGGAGCCUUCUACUGAAACUUCCGCCACCACAACUGAUGAUAGUGAAAAGAAUGAAAGAGAAAUAAUAAUAGACUUUGAACCAAGACCCGAUGAUGAGGCUAUACCAUUUACAACGCUGCGUAGGAAAAAUAGAAGAAUGUUGCAGAAAACUUUAUCAGAGGGUGAAAUUCUUUUAGAUGUACGAAAAACCGAAUUGCAAUCAAAUGGUGAUGGCAUAAAAGAUGCUCCCAUAGUCAUGUCUACAAGUCAAGAGAAUAUGACACGUGAAGACCGAGAAAGAGAAGCAAUGUAUACUCAGUAUGUUGGUCAAAAUUACAGUCAAACGCCCAUAAAAGACGAAGGUAUCUUCGGAUUUGAACCCGAUGGAUCAUUCAGUUCUUCAGAUGGAAAUGCACCAUAUGAAGAUUUUCAUGAAAAAUACAUUAGUUACAAGCAUGAACCAUUUAGAAAUCGAAGCGUAAGUUUUGAAGAAAAGACAGAAAUUAUAGUUGACAAGGACGAAAUUCCUGAGAGCAGUACUGCCAGAUCAAGUCCAGGAUCACCAGAACCAGUAACUGUGGAAGUUGAUGUCGACCCAAAAGUAAAACGAGCAGUUAUUUCCAAUACUGUCACUACAAUACUAACACCUCUAGACAAAGUUUCACCAUGCGCCUCAAAUGAAUCUCUAACGGUGGAUCAAAGCAGGGACCAUUCGGAUGGUAUGUGGAAUGAAUCUCAAACAACAGUAUUGCAAGUCGAUUCAGGUACAGAAAAUGGGACUGUAAUAAGUUCAUCAGAUCUUAGUUCUUUGGCUGCUUCUCCCGGAGCUUUAGCGCUGUUAACUCCAACUUCCAGAAGAAAACAAUUGCUGCUGUUGCAACAUCAACAGCGGUCGUCUUUAGAUACAGAUGCUUUGGACGAAGAAUUUGAUGCCUCUCAGAGCCAGUCACCAACAUCGCCCAGAAAUAAACUAGACACAUCAAGUUCUAGUUCACAGGCUCGAGCAUCGUUGUCGCCACCUGCAGUUGUCCCAAACAUUUCACUGCCCAUCACGAAGCAACCAACUAUCUCAAAAUCUAUUUCCCCGAUUGCACCUCCAAAAGUAAAUCACACACCUGCCAUUGCUAUUACCCACCCAAGCCUGGACUUGGCUGACGUUCCAUUUAAAAGAACGCCAAGUUUCAUAAAUAAAAAGCGAGAAAGAGCACUAAGUCCAUCUAGAAGAAGAGAUUUGCAAAAGAAAGCACAACAAAAAGAACCUAAUGGCACGAUACCUAGUCAGAUAAUAGAGUCACCAUCUGAGCCACCUCUAGCUAAAGCAGCUAGCAGUGAAACAAGUUUGGCCAGAACUGACUCGGGUAAAAUAAAUACCACAGAUGUAUCAGAAAGUACAACAACUACCGAAGACUAUGUAACAGCCAAUUCUGAUAGCUCUAAAAAAAGUAAUAGCAAAAAUCAAAACCAAAAUCCAGAAAAUAACAAAACACAAGAGGGGUCCUCUUUUGAAAGUGCUUCAAGUCUCUAUUCAUCAACUCGCACAGAAAACAUAGCUGAAGAUUUGAUUGUACCAAGUUUCUCCCCACCAUUAGAAAUCAGUGAUGACUUUAUCGUCCCAGACCUUGCAUCACCCCCACUGCCCCUGCCCGAUAGGUUACCUAGAGUUUCUAUGGAAAAAAUUGAAGUCAAAGCCGAUAUCACUCCGACCAUUGAACACAUCAAGAGAGAAAAGACUGAUAUUAAAUUAAAAGAAGAUUUACCAAAAGUAUCCAAGACUAUGCGUGGCACAAUUAGUGGAAAAAGUAGUUCAAGUGGAAGUUAUAGUAUAGGUGGAUCAAAUCCUAAUGUUACUGAAGCUGUUGAUGAUAAAACACCUACUGAAAAGAUUGCAGAGCUCCCGGAACGUAGUGAUAGUAAUGAAAAAGAUGACAGAGUAACCGCUGCCAUUCGUCCCAAGGAACCACCACCUCCAAAAAUAAUGGGUUCCUUGUCCGACGAUGAAAGAAGUGUACACUAUUCAUCAUCGGGUUAUUACGAAAGUCCAGUUGAAGAUGAUGACGAUGGUGGCUUAACCUAUAAACAUUCACAAAGAUAUAAAUCAUCGACUAGACCCAAAUCAUGGUUAGCAGAUGAGAAACGAAGAAAAAAGAAAGCUUUUACUUUAGAAUUUUCUAAGUCCUACGAUGAUUCUGUAUCUACUUCACAAGAUGAUUGGGGUAAAAAGACAAAAGAACCUGAUAGUGUUAGUCAAAAAUCUGAACGAAGUACUUUCAAACCUUCUAAUAUUAAGUCUCCCAUGGAAGAUAAACCACCUGAAACGAGGAAAAAGAAAACUCAUUUUGCGGACAAGGCUAAGAGCGUUCAAUCUUCGCCGAGAGAACCGGUUGAUAUUGAAAAAUCAAUCAAAGACAAGGUAUCAAAAGAUAAAGAUACAGAAACAAAACGCCCUGUUGAGAGAGAAAGAUACGUCAAAAGAACGAAAUUAAAACCCAAAAGUCCUACUCAAAGUAAAAUUGUUGAUGGUAAUAAUCAUGGCUAUAGACCAACUCAUUAUGAGAGGAGAGAAGCGAUGGGGUCUAACAUGAAAUUACACCUAAACAUACCAACAUCAGAUGAUUCUAGUGAGCAAUACAGGAAAGAAGGCACAAGUAACGGCAAUAUCUCUCCAAGAAAACAUAGGCGCUUACGUGAUAGUCCGCGAAGAAAAACUGCUAGCAACUCUAACAAUGCUAAAUCUCCUACUUCAGGUAGCAACCAUGCAGUAUACAGGCCAAGAAGAAAAAGCGGUUCAAACGAAAGUAUAUCACUGCCCGGUAGCUUGCCAAGAAGAAAGCAAUCAAUUCCUACAGUCCCUUGCUUAAGCUCUUUAGAAGCAGAAGACAUAGAAACUACUAGAACUUUGACCAGUGCAGGGUCUCGAUUGACUCCUCUGCGAUACGUUAAAAGUCCUACUUCAUCUCCUAGACACCAUCGAAAACAAGAUAAAGAUGGAAAAUUCGCUAAAGCAGCAUCAGCAGAAUCAUUGCGUUCUGUAUCACCGGGAUCAGAUUCAGUAUUCUAUUCAGAGCAAACCGAACAUAGUUUAGUAGGAGCUGAUGGAGAAUCAAAGGCACAUUGCUUGCAUUGCGGUAAAGAGGUUCAUAUUGUGACUGCUACGCACGAACAUGAUAGUGUUGCUUCGAGGACUUCUCAUACCGAUGAAUCCUAUGCAGACGCAACGCCAGAUAUAGUGCCAGCGCCCGCUGGUUUUGCCGAUUCUCCCUCUUGCGCCUCAACAAAGAAACACGCAAGUGGAGCUCGGUUGUACAAGAAGCUGGACAAAAGAUACCGUUCCGAAGACAAGUCCAGACAUUACUAUCGGAAUCGACAGGAUGUUCGAGCCAAGUCUGAAGAAAGAGGUAAAGAAGAGUACGCAUCAGGUGAAAAAACUCAAGAUACGCGUAUAGCAAGAUCUGCGGGAAACAGUUUGGACAAACUUGGUGGAUCUAGUGCAAGCGUGGAUCCUGAUGAACAUGAAGAAUGUUCUGGAAGCUCUGAAGGUGCAGAAGGAGGUCGUGACGAAAAAGGAAUCUAUGCUGCCCCAUGGUGGUGUGGCAAUUGGAUCAUGCUAUCAGAGAACAACGAUCAUUGGACGAGGAUUCCUCCAGAUGUAUUAGACACUGGAUCUGAUGUUGGCCAAGAAGAUCCAACGGAGUCAGAAUCAGAAUUCAACAAGAGAUACGUAGCACUAACACACAGGCUGGUACAUCGACGAGCUUGCAUCGAGCUGAAUAGGAGACAGGCUGAUAAUAGUUUUGAAAGCGACAAAACAGUGGUUGUAAGGCGUGGCAAUGAAGAGUUUGGCUUCCGAAUUCACGGCAGCAAGCCAGUAGUAGUGUCAGCAAUUGAACCCGACACGCCUGCCGAAACCUCUGGCUUGGAAGUUGGAGACAUUGUCAUAGCUGUUAAUGGAAUCAAUGUCUUAGAUAAGACUCACUCGGAAGUGGUGAAGAUUGCGCAUUCUGGAUCAGAAAUACUUGAAUUAGAGGUGGCAAGAACCUGCGAGGUAGUAGCUUCUCUAGCUCAUGAAGGGGGACCAGCUGCUCUAUACUCAGGGUAUCUCUGGCGAGCAGCUCCCGUCAGACCUCAUCAUCCCCCUCGCUGGACACGACGGUGGUUCGUCCUCAAAAGGGACAAUUGCCUGUAUUAUUAUAAAACAGAUUCUAGCAUUCAUCCCGUGGGAGCCUUAAUGCUUGUAAACUACCAACUGACGGAAGAGGACGCGGGCAGGCCGCACGGGUUCCGACUGCACCGCGGCGGAGGUGUGAGAUUACAACUUGCGGCGGACACUGCGGAGGCGGCCGCUAGGUGGCGCGCAGUACUCGCUCACGCUAUUGAUGCUAGUAAUCAGCGUGAUGGCUGGUUAGAAGUGACAAUGAGGAAUAUGAAGCUUCCUCCGUCAUCGAUCCCUAGACCCGAUUGCUUCGGUUACCUCAUGAAGCUGGGAUCCAAAUGGAAGUCUUGGGCCAAACGGUAUUGUGUGCUCAAAGACGCUUGCCUCUACUUCUACAAUGAUGGCAACAGCAAAAAUGCUUUUGGUAUGGCCUGCUUACACGGCUACAGAAUACAGACAUGUGCCCCGGGUGGCAAGAAAUACGCCUUCGAGGUGAUGCCCACAGAACCUAAGCAGAGACACUUUUAUUUCCACACGGAAUCCGAAAUGGAUAGGAAACGAUGGAUGGCAGCUUUGGAGUACUCCAUAGACAGGUGGAUGAAGGCCGGUUGACGACGAGCUCUCUUCUCAGAAGAUUCAUACGAUUUUAUAUAACUUUAGUUGUUUAAAUAUAUUUAUUGUAAUUCCAUGUUUUGAGUUAUUAUAUUUAUUUUCAUUCAUA